AUGCAGACGGCCAAGGACAAUACCGCCAGGGGCAGCUUCCUGGCCGCCUGGCUGAGCGCGGCGGCGGCGGCCCCGCGGGAGAGGCUCCGCGACUUCCAGCACACCAAGCGCGUCGGCAACUACCUGAUCGGCAGGAAGCUAGGCGAGGGCUCCUUCGCCAAGGUCCGCGAGGGGCUGCAUGUGCUCACCGGAGAGAAGGUGGCAGUGAAAGUAAUUGACAAGAAAAGAGCCAAAAAGGACACCUAUGUCACCAAGAAUCUGCGACGGGAAGGGCAGAUCCAGCAGAUGAUCCGCCACCCAAACAUCGCCCAGCUGCUGGAUAUACUGGAAACUGAAAACAGCUACUACCUUGUCAUGGAGCUGUGCCCUGGUGGCAACCUGAUGCACAAGAUCUAUGAGAAAAAGAGACUUGAAGAGCAUGAAGCACGCAAAUACAUCAGGCAGCUCAUUCUGGCAGUGGAACAUCUUCAUCGGGCAGGAGUAGUUCACAGAGACUUGAAGAUAGAAAAUCUGUUGCUAGAUGAAGACAACAAUAUCAAGCUCAUUGACUUUGGACUGAGCAACUGUGCAGGCAUCCUGGGUUAUUCUGAUCCAUUCAGCACCCAGUGUGGGAGCCCAGCAUAUGCAGCCCCUGAACUUCUGGCAAGGAAAAAAUACGGGCCCAAAAUAGACGUUUGGUCCAUCGGAGUGAACAUGUACGCAAUGUUGACUGGAACGUUACCUUUUACUGUGGAGCCAUUCAGCUUGAGAGCUUUAUACCAGAAAAUGGUGGACAAAGAAAUGAAUCCUUUUCCCACCCAACUCUCCACAGCGGCCAUAAACUUUCUACGAUCUCUACUAGAGCCAGAUCCUGCAAAGAGACCAAACAUCCAGCAGGCACUUGCAAAUCGGUGGCUUAAUGAGAAUUACCCUGGGAGAGCACCACCUAAUGUCACAUAUCCAAACAGAAUCCACCUGGAGGACCUCAGCCAAAGCGUGCUGCUCCAUAUGACUGAGAAGCUUGGCUAUAAGAACAGCGAUGUCAUCAACACUGUGCUCUCAAACAGGGCAAGUCACACACUUGCUAUCUACUUUCUUCUUAAUAAGAAGCUGGAGCGCUACCUGGCAAGCCUUAGAAAAUCUGAAGUCCAGGACAAUAUUUGCCACAAGAACCAGCUAUACCAGAUUGACAAGUACAAGGCAAAUAAAGACUCCUAUGAGGACAAAAAACUCAGAAAACAAGAAAAGAAAGGGGAGAUUCUUCACCGUCAGCUCCCAAAGAAAACUGAGAACAGUCCAGUUUCAUAUAGACAGCCUUCUUCCUGUCUUAUCUCACAGAUACAGAACACCAAGGCUCUGCUGAGGGACCGAAAAGCUACCAAGGCUGGAGGUGCUGAGAAAGACUCCACCAGUGGGCUGAGCCCCUUCCACGAGCCACUGGCGACCAAGGCCGGCUGCGUCACCUCCAGCUCCCUGGAGUACCUGGAGGCCCAGCAGCCACUGCCCAGGACCCCCCGGCUCCUGAAGAGGCAGGAGUCCCCCCAGCAGGAGCCUGCACGGGGCGGGGGCCGGGCCAAGGACUCUCCCCUCAUCCUAAAUAUUGUGCACUCCUUCGAGUCCGUCGACAGAGAGGACCAAACAGACCAGGUCUCCCCCUCCCACCAGUACAAGAUUUUAGGCUCGCCGAUGAAUUUUCCUUCCAAAAGCUCGAGUGAAAGGACACUGUCCCCGCUUUUUCAGCCAGGAAGUACAUCCCCCAUCCACCCCAACCAGGUCUCUUUCACAUAUGAAGAAAAAGCUUAUCCCACCAAGGAAGAAGCGGUGUCCCCUACUCAGCUGGUUUCCAACAACCCGUUGGGCAGCCCCAACUGUGUUAAAAGCAGGGGCAGGUUCCCCAUGAUGGGGAUUGGACAGAUGCUGCGGAAGAGGAACCAGACAAUGCAGUCAGCAGGCGACAAGCCGCUGGAGGCACGGAUGCCUCAGCUGCAGCAGAUGAGCCCCACGCAGAUCACGUUCAAUGCAGAUGCUGUCAGCGGCCGGUGUUAAUCUGGCAGGCCAGGAUUUGUAUUGCUGUUGUCUGGGACCCAGCCUUUUUUAUUUUAAAGAAGAAGGGAAAGCCACAGGCAUGUUAUCAUCACUACAAAACACACUGCAGUGGUCCAGUGUAGAAAAUCAGAGGUCCAAUUGCAAGGAAGGGGUUGUCCUAUGUAUUAAAGUCAAAAGAAGAGGGCUCUGCUUGUGCUGCUAAGCAAUAUUAGCAUUUGGCAUCUGACUGUACAGUAAAAUAUGUCUUGAAAGAGCCAUGUCAAUAUGUAUUUUCACUACUUGAGUCCCAUAUUGCAGUAAAGUUACCUAGAAGAGCAAUGAGCACUACCAGUGUGAUUCAUCAAGGUGAUCAGCGUGGUGCCAUGAGUGCUGGUCCCAGCUGGGGCUGUGGUAAGGCUGCUCGUGCUCUUCCUGCCUGUGCUGGGCAGUAUGCUGUCCUGCUACAGGCAUCACUCAAAGGGGAAAAACUCAAGAUGCUGUUUCCAAAAUAAAUUUGCUACAAAGCACUGCCAGGGAGUUGAAGUUUGUAGAAGCUUUAAUCAAGACAUUCAGAAAAAGUGGACUAUUGAAAGGUCAAAGCAGAUCUUACUGUUUCUAACAUAAAGUAGCGACUAAUGGCAUCAUUUUUUCCUAAAGAAAAUGAUAACUUAAUCAUGUCAUUCAGAAGGAACAUGAUUAUUUAAAAACAAGGCUCAUCACAUGACUAUUAACCGCACUGAAGGCCUGUUCCUUUCAUGUAACGGGUUUGCAGGUGGAUGCUUUAGUCAGAAAUCCCAGUUGCCACAUGCUGUGUUUAAGCAAUCUGGUCACCUCUGAUUUUUGUAGCUGUACUAGUUCCGCUCCUGUGUGCAGGUUUGCGUUAGCCCCUGUUACAGCAACACAGCACCUGAAGGCUUUUCUGAGAGACUGCAGUGAGUUGAAGAGACUCAUAAAAGGACGCAUAAACCUAUACCAAUGCCAUUUUAUACUGCGAGAUUGGUUAUGUGGUGGUUACCAAAAAUUUGGUAUUGUUAUGAGCUGUGAAGAUUAAGUUUCUUAAAAAGCAACAUGUUCUGCAUACUGGUCUUGUUUUUCUAAGUAAAUGACCUGAGAGGCUGGCAACGUUUUUGGUUCUGUUUUUGUGUUCACACCAUUUCCUAUAAACUAGAAGAUUUAGCCAAAGACUACACUUUUCUUUGUCUAUACUGUGCUUAUGUAUGUGUUUGUGUAUAUGGGACAUCUCAGCAAAGCUUGUACUAAUCUGGUUCCCACAUAGGUGCCCCAUUGCUGCCCACCCACUUCAUGUCAUUCCACAAACAAGGCAGCAGAAGCAUUGCCCUGCUAUUGAGGCUGCUUGUGAAUGUAGGGAUUUUGCAUCAGAUUGUCAUAGAAUCAUAGAAUCACAGAAUGGUUUGGGUUGGAAGGGGCCUCAGAGCCUACCCAGCCCCAACCCCUGCUGUGGGCAGGGCUGCCCCCCACCAGCUCAGGCUGCCCAGGGCCGCAUCCAACCUGGCCUUGAGCACCUCCAGGGAUGGGGCAGCACAGCUUCUCUGGGCAGCCUGUGCCAGCACCUCACUGCCCUCUGAGGAAAGAAUUUCUGCCUAACAUCUCACCUAAAUUUCGUCAGUAGGAACCCAAGCCCUCUUUUUUUAUCAGUGUUAUUGCAAAUGAUUUUGGGGUGCCAUUGCUUUGGUUUCUGUACAGAUGUGAAGAGUUUCCUUUCUUUGACAAGCAUUCUGCCCAGUUUCAUGAGGUGGAGAAGGGCCACCAAAGGCAGGUGGAAAGGUCCCUGGCAGAACCCGUAGCUCAGCAGACAUUCCCAGUUCUCCGUAUAACUUAGGUUGUGCACCAAAAUCUGCAGGGAAAAAAAAAGGUCACCUAUCCAGAUACUGACAGAACAGAUAAUUGGACUGUUCAGUACUCUGAGUACUUGCUGGCAAACCUAUUAGAGCGUAAAUGCACAGGGCUCCCUUCUCAUCCCCGCAGAUGGGACUUUCAUUGCAGCUUCGAAGCUUCCCAUUGGUCAGCAUAGGGGUGUCCGAAUGCUUCUGACUGUACACCUCAGUGUGGCGAGGGCACCACCUUGGUCAUAAGCCAGCUGUAAAAUGAUAUACAUGGAAAUCUCAACAUACUAACAAAGGCCUGAAAUACACUAGCUCAUUUUUAGGUCAAAAAAUGCCAUCUUCUAUUUGUACAGAACACCCAUGUAUCCCAGGGGUCCAUUAUAGCUCUUCCUUUUGUUUAAAAACAUUGAAGUGUUUUAUUUUCCUUCACACCAAGAACGUACUUGUGCUGCAGAGCUGGUGAGCAGGGACAAUGGCAACACCGUCAUGUGCGUGCAUCAGACCUGUGCACCCCAACUGAUGGCAGGUACUGACUUGAACUACAAACUCAGGUUUAUUUGGAACCCAAUAAAAGGUUGGGGGAGGCAGGAAGGAGGCAUGUAUUUUUGUGAAAACUCAGUAAAUAUGUGUAAGAAUCAGAAAGAAAAUAGAAAUGUUAAAUCUUUUAUUAUAUUUAUAGAGAAUAUAUGAGUACUACACUGCUAAAACAUAAACAUGUAUCCAGCUUAGACAGUAGCUAUGUACAGUCAAACUGCAGUGGCCGUGUAAGGGACUUCUUGAAAUACAGUAGUGGAAAUUCCAGGGGAAAAAAUGUAUUUGUUAUCAUUAUUAAAUAUACGUACUUUUUGAA